CAUGCAUCUCUGAGCGAGAGAGAGUGUGCGCGCGCGUGUUCGGUUCAGAAGCAUCAUCAUCAUCAUCAUCAUGGCCUUGAGACUGCCAUCGCAAUUCUCCACGCCCCGCCACCACCACCACCACCACCUCCUUCGUCGGCGGAGCAGGGCCACCGCCGCGCUCUCGUGGCGGCGCUCUCUGACGGUGGGGGACGCCCUCCUCCCCUCGAGCUGCUCCAGUUCCGCCGCUCUCGUCAACGCCUCCUCGCCAGGGAAAUCCCGCGCUCGGCCGUCGGUCGCGCGCGCCGCGCAGGCGCCGGCCGCCGCGAAUCUUGCUCCGGGGACGCCGGUUAGGCCGACCAGCAUCCUGGUGGUCGGUGCCACGGGGACGCUGGGCAGGCAGGUCGUGAGGCGGGCUCUGGACGAAGGGUACGAUGUCAGAUGCCUCGUCAGGCCUCGCCCGGUUCCGGCCGAUUUCCUCCGCGAUUGGGGCGCGACGGUCGUCAACGCAGAUUUGAGCAGGCCGGAGACUAUACCCGCGACACUCGUGGGGAUUCAUACGGUUAUUGACUGUGCGACGGGGCGCCCUGAGGAACCAAUAAAGACGGUAGAUUGGGUAGGGAAAGUUGCUCUCAUACAAUGUGCAAAAGCAAUGGGUAUCCAGAAAUUUGUGUUCUUUUCCAUCCACAAUUGUGACAAGCAUCCAGAAGUUCCAUUGAUGGAGAUAAAAUAUUGUACAGAGAAGUUUCUGAAAGAUGCAGGCCUGGAUCAUAUUAUCAUUCGCUUAUGUGGUUUCAUGCAGGGACUGAUUGGUCAGUAUGCAGUACCUAUCUUGGAAGAAAAAUCAGUCUGGGGAACUGAUGCUCCAACUAGGAUUGCUUAUAUGGAUACCCAGGAUAUAGCUCGAUUGACUUUUAUAGCCCUACGCAAGGAAAAUGUGAAUGGCAAGCUCCUUACAUUUGCUGGGCCUCGCGCGUGGACAACACAAGAGGUAAUAACACUAUGUGAGAGACUGGCUGGGCAAGAUGCAAAUGUGACGACAGUUCCAGUGUCAGUCUUGAGGCUAACUCGCCAACUAACUCGGUUUUUUGAGUGGACAAAUGAUGUCGCUGACAGAUUAGCAUUUUCAGAGGUCCUUUCAAGCGAUACUGUUUUCUCAGUUCCCAUGAAUGAGACGUAUGAUAUUCUUGGUGUGGAUUCCAAGGAUAUUGUCACCCUAGAGAAGUAUAUGCAGGAUUACUUCACAAAUAUUUUGAAGAAAUUAAAAGAUCUCAAAGCGCAAUCAAAGCAAACAGACAUUUUCUUCUGAAGGAGGAACAUCUGUGUGUAAGUGAAUUCUUUUUCCACGAUAAUAGAGUUAUUGACUAUUCGUUAUAUCACUUGAAAGUGAACUCUGCCGUCUGUUCAGGAUCCCAGGUUCUUCCUUUCCCUAUCUUUCCUUUUACCCUUGUAAGUUGUAACAUGUUACACAUGGUAAUUACAGAAAUCAGAAAUUUUCGCCGA